CCGAGCACUGUGGUCAAGAGCACAGAUGCUGGAACCAAACUGCAAAAUCCCCUGUCUCCUUAUCUGCAGGAGUGAUGACCAUAGCUCUAAUUCCUCAGAGGCCCACUGCUAAUUUCUAAGGUCCAGGAGAACAGUACAAAUGAAGGCUCACAUAUGGAGGAACUCUCCCUGUGGAACCAAUAAAAAGGAUGAGGCCACCAUACAUCUGCUUUGUGCUUCCUAGUUUACAAAGUACUUCUCAUGGUGCCCCCAUCUGAUCCUCACGACCCCCCAUGAGGCAAGUGGCAUCACUAUUCCCUUUAGACAGAUGAGGCAGCUGAGACUCAGAAACAUCAAGGGGCCUGGCUACCUCACAGAGCAGUUAAGGAACCAACAGAGGGGCUGUGGAGAGGUGUGUGCAGAAGAAAGGGCAAGACACUAACCCCAGGCAACUUCCUCUGCGUGUCAAGCUCCCCCAUCUCCGCCUACCACCGCCUCCCCCACUGCACCUCAGGGCUGCAGCACCUCUGCUUUCCUCGGGUGCCUCUCUCCCUUAUCACUGUGAUCCAGCCAGUUUCUGCCACUCCUCUUCCCUGACCUUUGCUCCUGCUCCGGGCUUGUUUUCCUGUGGACCUGGGAACCUCCAGCACUUUCACUCGCCACCUGUCCUUCCCGGUGCUGUAGCAUGUGCACGGGAAAGUGUGCCCGCUGCGUGGGGCUCUCCCUCAUCCCCCUCUCCCUGGUCUGCAUCGUGGCCAAUGCCCUCCUGCUGGUGCCUAACGGAGAGACCACCUGGACCAAUGGCCACCUCAGCUUGCAAGUCUGGCUCAUGGCGGGCUUCAUCGGCGGGGGACUGAUGGUACUGUGUCCGGGAAUUGCAGCUGUUCGCGCCGGGGGCAAGGGCUGUUGCGGCGCAGGCUGCUGUGGAAAUCGCUGCAGGAUGCUCCGCUCGGUCUUCUCCUCGGCAUUCGGGGUGCUUGGUGCCCUGUACUGCCUCUCGGUGUCGGGAGCCGGGCUCCGAAUUGGACCCAAAUGCUUGAUGAACGGCAAGUGGAGCUACCACUUGGAAGAUACCUCAGGUGCUUACUUGCUCAACCGGACUCAAUGGGAUUUGUGUGAGCAGCCGCCUCACGUGGUCCCCUGGAAUGUGACACUAUUCUCCUUGCUGGUGGCCGCCUCGUGCCUAGAAAUCGUGCUGUGUGGGAUACAACUGGUGAACGCAACCAUUGGUGUCUUCUGUGGCGAUUGCAGGAGAAAGGAGGGUGCCCCUCACUGAGACUCCACUGACCAUCCGAUUACACCUGCUGGUUUGUUUGUGGACACCCGCCUGGCACCCCCAUGUCCUGAUUCACUUGAAUAAACUUCUCUGAGCUCUCU